AGAGGGGAAAAGAAGACGGUUAUGUGAACGUGCGAAAACUGCUCGCACAUGACGACAAAGAAACAGGACGCCUCGGCGGAGCUGAUAAGCGAGCUUCGCGCCCUCAUCGCAAGCGGCGGCUCCAUGGGCGCCGUUGACGAUCAAAGAGUGAGGGCGGUGGUGGACAGCAUGCGGGAGUCCUACCAAUACGCACAAUCCAUCGUCAGCAAUCCAUACGCCGACCUGACACAGCCCUACUAUGCAAGCUCCGUGAAAUACCACCGUGCGAAGUGCUUGCGCGACAAGCGGUGCGUGCUCACCUACCUGCUGUGGCGCCAGCAGCAAAUCACGGACGCCUGGUGGGGCGUGCGGGACAAUCUUCUCGAGCCGUCGCUCUCCAACUCCGAGGCCCGAUUUCUCUCCGACUACCACGAAAUCAUGGUAGAGUACAUGACCUCCUUUGACGUACCGCUCGACCUGCGGGCCUACUUGUGGCGUCCGCCGUCCGUGAAUCAACUGGAGGUGCGCGGGCUCACCCAUUACGAAUUCAGAUCCUCGGUAACGGGGAAAACCAUCAUCAUCAACAUCGGCGACCAGCUGUUUCUUAGCUUUGAAGAGGCAGAACCACUCAUCCAGCAGAGUAUCGUGGAGCUGGUGGGCCAUUGA